UUCCUUUCAGAUAAAAUGGGGUCCGGAUAUGGCUGAUGGUGAAAUAAAUUUCUAUUCCGUAUCGUCGGGAGGUCGCGUUUUCAAUUGGGUUUUGAUGCAAAAUAAAUUAAUGGUAACAACAAUAAUUACCCUCUUCCUCGAGAAUGGUAUUGUAUCCGGCCCCGAUGGCACUGAAUUGCGAUUACGUAGUUGCGGUUCCUGUAUGAAAUUUCAUCCAGAAGAUCCGGAAAUAUUUCUAGUCGGCACCGAAGAGGGAUGCAUCUACAAAUGCAGCAUUGCCUAUAGUUCCAAAUAUCUCAUGACAUAUCGGGCACAUAAUCUCUCCGUUUAUCGUAUCGAUUUUAAUCGUUUCAAUUCAAAUAUUUUCAUAUCGUGUAGUGGUGAUUGGCGUGUUAAAAUAUGGGAAGAUAUGCGUCCGGAACCGUUAUUUAUAUUCGAUUUAGGUUCGGCAGUGGGUGAUGUUAAAUGGGCACCAUAUUCCAGUACGGUCUUUGCAGCGGUCACAAAUGAGGGAAAGGUCUAUGUUUUCGAUUUGAAUGUGAAUAAAUACAAGGCGAUUUGUAUUCAAGCUGUCGUACCGAAGAGGAAAAAUAAAUUGACGCGACUGUCGUUUAAUGAAAAGUUGCCGUUCAUUAUUGUGGGAGAUGAUAAAGGCACUGUCACCUCCCUGAAAUUGUCACCCAAUUUACGUCAGAUGGUAAAACCUCCCAAGAAACAACAAAAUGUAGAACAAUCAGUUUUACAGGUGCAAAAACUGGAGAAGUUACUUUCGUUGGUCCGAGAACUACCGGAAGGCGAAAUUAUUAAGGAUACAACAACAACUGUCGCAAGUUGA